ACUCAAGUGUAGCGAUAAAUUAGACCUUUUGUGCAUUUUGUGCCUCAUAAAACAGAACAUGGAGCAUCUUGGGAAGUGCAAGUUUCUGAGUGCAAAGCCACUGUCAGAAAAUACCAAAUCCCAGGUCUGUAACACUUUGUCAGGUGUAAUGUACUUGCUAACUAGAAACAAAACUCAGUACAUCAAAAGAAUGUUGAACGUGUAUGUUGAAGCAAACAUGUGUGAAGUGCUGUGAUCCGACCUUCUCACUGAGGCUACAAGCGACAGAGCGGCAGCGUGGCUGAGACAAUUACAAGACACUGUACCAUCAAUUUGAUUUUCAAGUUGUUAAUUUAAGAUGAAAAAGUUACAUUAUUAAGCUUUUUUUUCCAUCGUGGUAGAAAACAGAGGUAAACAACAUCUCAAACUUUGGGGCAAAUCAUACAAUUAAAUAGGAUUCACAUAUACACAACUGUGAUUUGUUGAUUAAAGCUCCCGGUUUGUCCCCAAUGAGCCUAGUUUCAUGGUAAAAAGACACUGGCAUCCUUUGAUUGAAUGUUUCAUUUCUUCACUAUGUGUUUUCAUAUUCGAUGAGAAAUAUAUAUUUUCUUCCUACUAGCUGAUUUGGGAAAGCAGCAGUCAGGAAAACACGGCUUCAAAGCCUGUGGUUACUGAGCAAAUACAGAAUAAUUUCAAUUUCCACGUUUACAUAACCUAAGCAACAAGCAUGCAGGCUGCCGACAUGCAGCAUCAAGUGUUCAUCAGGCCUGAAUGUUUCCUGAACGAUCUGUUCCUCACGGUGCAGUUUCACACUCGGAUCAGUCCGAUCAUAGAGGCACAAGGACAACAUUUGCCAUGCAUGUAUUUCACAACAUGUGACUAAUCCCAUAUUACACACAGACAGCUUCAGAACUGGUCUCCUAACACCCUCUCAGGUCCCAACAACUAGAUGGAGAAUGGAGAGAUGGAGAAAAUUAAAAUAAAUUCCUCCAGUGGGACAAACAGAAUCUAUCUACAACCACAGCUGCAGCACUGUUGUAGUUUCUGGGCUUUCCUCCUCCGAUGAGUCGGCGUGUAGUUUGAUGAUAAAAGAAUUCUGCGGCGGCGAGGCUGGGUGGAAUGAUAGAGCAAUCUUUAUUGAAACAGAAUCUUGAGCCCUGAGCCCAGAUCAGAAGUGGCCGCUUUCUGAUAUUAUCAAAUCUAUGGAAAAAGCUAUGCCAAAAUACUUUGCCCUCUGCCCUAUCAGAACUCCGAGCCUUCGAUUUUAGGAGAUCUACCAAGUGCCACUCCCUCGUUCUUCCUGUGAGGGCCUUUUUAGAGUCCCUUCUCCAGUACACUCACUUCCUCUGAUUGGUCCCUUUGCCAAAUUAUCCAAUAGACUAAAAGACCAUUUGGCAUGCAGGUCAACUUAGCUAAGCACUUUAUCAUCUGUUAACCUUUGACUCCUUACAGUUGAAAGCCAACCCCUGGACCUUCACUCACAAUGAAAAUCAAGUAGUCACGAUUGAAUCCAAUCUAAGUAGAUCAGUCAUGAUUGGAUCUAACCCGAGUAGGUCAGAAUGUGUUGUCCUCACUAUGUUAAAACUACUGUGUUAAUUCAAUGAAGUGCUGUAUUUAUUGCUUGUAGACAUUACUGCUCGCUGUGCCUUAUUCAGAAAGUCAGUUUUAAAUCUAUAGUUUUUCAUUGCUUGCUUUUAGUUUUUGUUAUUUAAAAUGCAAUCACAACACUUUCCUUAUGUUUUAAUGUCUUCUCUUAAUGUAUUUCUACGUCUCCGUAAAGCACUUCGCCUCGCCACCGCAGAGCCCCAUCAAGGGAAACAUGUGCGUACACCCACCACUGCUCAGACAUCCAGUAAACUAUGAUCUGUUUGUGUUUAAAACAAAACAACAGAUAGCGUACUUGUCGUCUCUUGGACCAACUGCACAGAGUUCAGUAACAGUGUCUUGUCAGUAAUCAGUGCAGGAACACAAAAAGCCGCGUUGAGGUCCUAACGGGUCUGAACAUACGGAUCCAAUUCAGCGGGCGACGUACUGCGUGUUCUUGUAUUUUCAGGGUGACUCAGCAUUUCUUCCCUCGAGUCUGUACUCUGUGUACCAUCAUGCCACUGUGUGUACAGACCUUCAAGCAGAUAGUUUAGAUUUAACCCGAAUGAGUUUGAGCAAGUUAGAAAAACUAAGAAAUCCUAGUUUCAUACAACGGCCUGUUCUCAAGACAAUGUUUCCUGUGUCAUCAGUCCCAACUUUGCUUUCCGGUGUUUGUUAUGAUGUCUGAAGGCACAACAGAGGAGACACUUGAUUAUGAUUAUUCAAGAAGGUAACAGAAGAUAAACGUGAAUGCAAAACAUCCUUGGAAGCACUAAUCAGACAAACACAACCACAGGGCUGUUUGUCACACAGACAGCUUUACGGUGUGUCCGUUUUGACCAGCAAGGCAGCUCGUAUGGAUGUGGUGGUGGGGGUGGGGCCGCAGCAGCAACACAUGCCAUGAUGUAACAGUCAAGGCUGUAUUUAAAGAGGAGGCUCUGCUGCAUCCCGUCCACGCACUCAAGUCAUUUGGACACUGUCGCUCCCAGAGGCAUUUCACCAGGAAUCUUUAACUUCCACGGAUCAAAUUACGGAUUUGGAGUAUGAAUUUAAGGCUCUUCACUUUUGAAAAAUCUUCUAUGGAAAAACAGAGAAACCAAUUCAUAGCUGGGACUAAAUUCAGCCAGAGGGACACAUUUAGAGAAUCCUGAUCUCUAAUGUCUCUGCCCUAAACUGCUCUAAUAAAGAUUUUGGAGGAGAGCUUCUUGCCCUGUCCACAUUAACAAGCCACUCUUCAAUCCUUUUGUUGAUCAAAAUAUUUUGGGGAAAAAAAUGGUUGGAUUUGGACCUGCAGACGUGCCUCCAUCGGCAGCGGUGAAGUUUGUGGGAGCAGGAGCUGCGGCCUGCAUCGCCGACCUGUUCACCUUUCCCCUGGACACAGCCAAAGUGCGGCUACAGAUCCAAGGAGAGGCCAAAGCUUCAGUGACGUCUGCAGUGAAGUACCGAGGAGUGUUCGGCACCCUCAUCACCAUGGUGCGCACAGAGGGGCCCAGGAGUCUUUACAGUGGACUGGUGGCAGGACUCCAGAGGCAGAUGAGCUUCGCUUCUGUCCGCAUCGGUCUCUACGACUCUGUGAAACAGUUCUACACUAAAGGCUCUGAUCACGUUGGUAUCGGCAGCCGCCUGCUCGCAGGAGGCACCACUGGUGCCAUGGCGGUCGCUUUCGCUCAGCCAACAGAUGUGGUGAAAGUCCGCUUCCAGGCACAGGCCAGGGCUCCUGGGCAUGCCAGACGCUACUGCGGCACCAUUGACGCUUACAAGACCAUUGCUAAGGAGGAAGGCAUUCGUGGUCUAUGGAAAGGGACAGCUCCGAACAUCGCACGGAAUGCGAUUGUUAACUGCACUGAACUGGUGACAUACGACUUCAUCAAAGACACACUCCUCAGGUCCACUCCCCUGACAGAUAAUCUGCCCUGCCACUUUGUAUCAGCCUUCGGCGCAGGCUUAUGCACAACAGUGAUCGCCUCUCCAGUUGAUGUGGUCAAGACGAGAUAUAUGAACGCCACUCUGGGCCAGUACAGCGGCGUCCUCAGUUGCGCUGCUGCCAUGAUGACCAAAGAGGGACCACUUGCUUUUUAUAAGGGGUUCAUGCCAUCUUUCUUGCGCCUGGGCUCCUGGAACGUGGUGAUGUUUGUCACGUACGAGCAGCUGAAACGAGCCAUGAUGACAGCAAACUGCACAAAUAUGCUGUUAUAAUGACUGUCCGUCAGAGGGCUGAUAUUGUGG